CCUCAUACAAGCAAUACAAGCAGGUCCUGCUCCGUCCCGGAAAGGUCAUCGUUUGUUUGGCCUGUGCAUCGUAUCUGAUUGCCCUCUUUCGAAAUCUUUCAAAGGAUGAGUGCAUCAAAUGUACCGUAAGUAUUUAAACAUACUGUUCUCGGUAAACGGAAGAUGUCGUUGGAAUGAAAAUUUAACGCAGUGUUACUCGAUCGCGUCAUCUCCCGCUAGGACCAGCAGUCUUGGUCACUUCUCAUGCGCCUUUUUGUUUAUCAGUCAACCUUUUUUUACAUAUUGUAGCUGUAUUUCAUUCCGUUUUUUUAAAAAAUUGUAAUUUUGUUGCUAAAUUUUACCUUAGCUUCCUUCGAUUUUUGGUACGUGCAAAUUGUAUGUCACAGGACGGCCAUGUAAAGAUUACUUCAUAGGGUAGGGUCCCUGAUCACAUCCCUCAGAUAGAAAAUAAAACACAAUGAACACCACUGUAAAGCUUCACGGGAAAGACGGUUAUUCUAGCCUGAGUAACUCUUUCUUCCUUUGGAGUUAGUAGAGAGGAUAUUUAUAUUAGUAAUAGGACUGAGUGUCUAAUAAAUAAGAGUUAUUUACAAAAUAAGACAACGGCAUAUAAUAAUGUCUUGCCAUCAAUCACGUUACUGCUUAUAAUUCAAUGGUAUAUGGGAGUUUAUAAGGAAAUGUUUAAUGUUAAUAAAAUAGCUCAAACAAUGCAAAAUAUUUGACAUUUCAUUCUCAGAGAAUCGAUUCUACAAGAAAUGGCAAACUUUGGCAAUUAUUCAGGAGAUUUCAGACUCUAAUCUGGAGACCGGGAGAUACCCUUAAAAAUCUGGAGUCUCCCGGAUUAUCUGGGAGAGUUGACAGCACUGCAUCACAGAAUCUUGAACUGUAAAAAAUUGCUAUUAACCAAUCAGAAACUUGCCAUAGAAACAGGCCGAUACUUACACUGUAAGACCUUCAAAAGAAAGGAUUAUGAGGCCUGAUUCAAAGGCAUUCAUUAGGCUGUGUCAAACAUUCAAAUUCCAGACACUGCAGGGACUAGAAAACUAAAUAAGUUCCAUUAACCAAUGAAAAUUAAUUUAGGCAAUUUUAAAUCAGAGCUGAUCAUGAUUGAAAAUAAAGUAAAGAAAAAAAAAGAAUGGGCACAUAUAUAUCCGAAAAGACAUAUUAUUUUUGUAUAGGCCUGUCCCCAUGUUAAUGAUCAUCAGUAAUGUUUUGUAAACAGUUUUAAGAGUGGAUAAGUUGGAAAUUUUUUCUGUUCACCAAAAUUAAUUUUACAACGUACGUUUCGUAGGUUUUAUUGUGACAUCAGUGACGGGUAAACAUUAAAAUAUUCUUUAACUGAUUUAUUCUCAGAUCGCGCUAUCAACUUGGAAGCCACACGUUGGCUGUUCCAGUUAGUCUCCAUUCAACCAAUAGAAAGCGUCUCUGUGAGCGGCUAAAAAAUGCAAAAGAGGUUCCUUCUGAGGCCAUAGUUCUUCUGCAGGGAGGAGAACAAAAACAGCUGUACUGUACUGAUAGGGAUGUACUUUUCCGUCAGGUAAUUGAAAUAAUAUUUAAAUGCUUGUUGAAGCUAUUUAUUAGCACUUGACAGGCCGUGGCCACUUGCUUUUGCUCAGUAUGUUUAUAUGUUGCAGGUCAAAAUUAAAUUCAGGUUAAGAUUUUUUAACCUAGGUUGAUUCUCAAUUCCCUUUUUCUCUGGCUAGGAGACAAUUAAGGUUAACCUAGGUUAAAAAAAGAAAGUUAACCUGAAUUUAAUUCUGACCUGUAACAUCUUCUGGGCAUGUUCAGUGCUUUUGGACCAGCUGCCUAAAAUUUCAUUCGAGAAUUGCCCUCUACAUUUUUCCCAGACCAAAUGUAUAUGAGCCGGACUAAAUGUAUGAGCCAAGAGGUUUGUACUUGUUGACUGGGGUCUGCUGGGUAGAUGCUAUAAAUCCUAUAUUGAGCCCUCUCCCCUGAAUUAAAUCCUUCCUUCUCUAAUAUUAGUACCCCCUCUCAAAUCUUCACUACAGAUGGUCAUUCCCCUCUGAUCCAGAACAUUAAUAGAGUGCCAUGGCUACAGUUAGGCUCCCCCUUUUUCUUUAAAUUUAGCACUGUUUCCGUUAAAUUAGAUUAACUCACCUCUCUAGUUGGCCCCCCUCUCUAUUAAGUCCCCAGUCAAUGAUGUUUGAAAGAAUAAUUUCCCGCGUUUAUGACCCGCGUUACGGCCCUCACAGUGCACAUGUGUUCUUCUUUAGUGAGUCAAUUAUGUUGGAUGAAAGCGACUUAAAUUGUUUCAAAGGUCACAUUUUAAACGAAGAAAUCGACCGAGCAAAAGUUAUAUACUCAAGAAAACAAGAGGAAUUCUCACGUUUAAUCAGUCAGCAGCGAAAACCAAGAUACAGUAAUCUUCCUCGAGAUGAACUUGGGACCUCGCUCAUCCCAGAAGGUGUCACAGGAGCCGAUGAUCGUCUUGUGGCACUAAAAGCUAAAGGUAAUGGAGAUUGCCUUUUCAAUUCCAUCUCCAUUUUGUUAUUUGGUGACGAAAACCGAUCGCACCUCUUGCGAUUAUUGGUGGCUGGAGAACUGUAUUUCAAUCGGUCAUUUUACGCUGACCACGAUGCUUUCAACGAUGCAGUUGCAUCGGGUACAGAUUUUUUCCCAGCUGUUCUGUUUACUGUUGCGUUAACAACGCAAGGAGACAAAAAAUUUUCUGACACAGGGAAUAGGGAGGAGACCAUAAAAGAAGAGGCUUUUGUGGCAUGUGAGGUCAGAUCUUGGUCUUCCCUUGUCCACAUCAUGGCUAUGAGUUCUGUUCUAUGUAGACCGAUAGUCUCAAUGUACCCCAGUGUCCAAUUCAAAUACCGUUGUCUGGUAAACCGAGUUAUAAAUCCUAGAACAUCGGAUACCUCCGCCACUCCUAAAGAACCCCUGAACAUUCUGUGGUGUAGGGAUGGUAAUUUGGGCAAUGCAGAUGGAGGCUGGUACAUCUUAAACCACUUUGUGCCUGUAGUCCUGGCAGACGAACCAGAUAGUGACAAGCGGCCUUGCCCGUCUAUUAGCAAGAACAGUACCCCUAAAAGGAAGCAACAAGGUACACUCUUUUCCUUUCUGAAACCGAAGGCCACGACUGUUCCUGCUGAGAAACCCAAAGGUUCAAAACGAAAGACAUCCAAUGCAGGUCUUGACAACAAACCUGACGUCAAAAAAUCACCUUCAGCUUCAGCCGCCUUAAAGAAAAAGAUCGUCUUAAAAUGGAAGGACGAGUUCCCUUGGCUGACAAUUCAGAAAGAGGAUGACGCAGUGAUUUGCAGUGUCUGCAUUCAAGUACCAAAAGAAGUUGGAAACACGCAGUUCAUUACAGGUUGCAAGUCAGAGAAAAAGGAGACAUUCCAAAUCCAUGCUAAAAGUAACGGCCAUCUACGUGCCCAUACAGCCCUUUUGUCUCAACAGAAGCCUGUUCGUGAAACCAUGCUCGUGCAAAGUUUCUUUAAGGCGACAAAGGACCUGGAUGGAAGAGACCGAAAGGAAGUUGCGGUUAAAAUGACGACUGCCUACUUUGUGGCGAAAGAAGAACUGCCUUUCAGCAAGUUCAAUUCCCUCAUAUCUUUGCAGAAAAAGAAUGGUCUAGCACUAACGUCCACGUAUGCAAAUGACAAGACCUGUGCCGAAAUGGUAUCUGUUAUCAGGAAACUCGCCAAAGAAGACCUUGCUAUGGAAAAUUAACAGCAAACACUUCAUAAGUGUCAUGGCUGAUGGAGCAACCGAUGCAGGAGGUACAGAAAACGAAACAGUCGUCUGUAGAUUUGUCCAAGAUGGUCGCCCAGUCAACAGGCUUAUUGGCCAUAAAGCUGUCGAGUAAUUGUCACAGCAAAAGUAUGUUAAUUUGCUGGUACACUUUCAUUUGCUCAGGUGAUGAUCAGUAUCUAAGAGAGUAACCACCUGAAACUAUAGCCCCUUAUGCAGUUAAAACAGUUAAAUGUAUUUGGAUUUCUGUUGCUAAGGUGCCAGUUAAGAGAGGUAAUUUUAAUAGUUUCAAAGCCGCCUUGUGUAAUUAAAUAUUACUUGAAGAGAGACCUAUGACAGCAAAGCACUCUCAGAGAGGGGAACUGCAAACAUUAUCAAUUACAUUUAGCUCUCUCAGUUUAGCAAUAGGUUUAUACCUUUUUCAGCAAAGGUUUACGGGCAGAUGGACUGUGUAAUUAUUUUUAUACUUUUAUGUCUUAAAUCAAGUACCGUAGGGUGGACCGUUCAUGUUUUGUUUUAAUAAACCUAUUUUAGGGCUGAAGGAGGCUAUUGGUACUACCUUCGAAGAAGCGGGGGUCGAAGACUGGAAGGAGAAGCUGGUUGCUUUUGGCGCUGAUGGGGCCUCUGUUAACCUCGGUAAAAAAGCAGGCGUUGCCGCAUUGCUCAAAAAAGACAUUCCUUACCUUGUUGACUUCCAUUGUCUACCACACAGGCUUGAGCUUGCCCUGCUAGAGCUCCAAGGUGGUUGCAAGUCUGUGGAGGAUGUGUACAAUAUCCUCCAUCUAAUUUGGAAAACGUACCAUUAUAGCCCUAAAAGUGUCAGGGCUUUGAAGUCUAUAGCGGAUGAGCUUGAAAUUAAUAUCUUGAAGCCAACGCAAGUCAAAGGGACCAGCUGGCUUCCACACGUUAGCCGAGCGCUCAAAGUGUUUGUGAGCCAUAAAUCUGCCACAGAGUCCGAGUCUGGUCUGUAUGCUGCCGUGCUAAUGCAUAUGGAAGAUCUCAGUGUCAACUGCAAAAAUGCAAACAUCCAAGGGAGAGCGCGGCACGUCUCUCAAAAGAUGAAGGACAUUCAUUUCGUUGCAUUUUGUCAUUUUUUGGCAGACUUGUUUGCCAUACUCAGUCGGUUGAGUCUGCAAAUGCAAAGAAAUGAUAUUAUACUCCCCUCAGUAGUGUCCCAUCUCAAGGAAACAUUAGUGAGAAUUGAAAGUGUUACCCGUUGUCCAGUGGCAGAUGGCCAUCUCGCUAAAUUCUGGGAGAAGGUGGAAGGGACUCAAACAUUUCAAGGGGUGACUUUGACAGGUUCCAUCCAUAGUAAAGCGGCCAAACGUGGAGGAAGCAUAUCACGAAGCCUUCAGUCUGAAAUGGAAACCCCUGCGAGUCUCACUUUGCAAGGUCUUCGCGAUAGGUUUGGUGUGCUGCCAGGUAUCGAGAGCCAAGUAGGCAAAAGCCCGAGUUACAACUCAACGAAAGUUGUUAGCGACAUGCUCGUUUUCAACGUUGACAGCUGGCCAACGUGCCCUGGUGACCUGCUCGAUUUUGGCAGUGAGGAAACCAGGCGCUUGACACGAAGGUUUCAGCCCAUUUUAGAAAGAGCAGGAUGCAAGAUCUCUUCUAUUCAAGAUCAGUGGAUCUCCCUAAAAAUCAUGGUCAAUGGGCAGUUCCGCAAGUUUAAUUAUGGUAGCCUUUGGGAGACGCUACUGACCAAAGUGCCCUACAAGGACGAUUUCAAAGAUGUUCUACAACUAGUGGAGCUAGUUCUGGUUCUCCCUAUUUCUGCCGCACAAUGCGAGCGUGCUGUUUCGGCUCAGAAUCGAAUUAAAAGCAGCACCAGGGCAACCUUGAGUGUAUCUGUUUUGGAAGAUUUGAUUCGUCUGUCCUCAGAGGGUCCUUCUGUUGCUGAAUUUGAUCCAACUCCAGCAGUCAACCAGUGGUUUGAACGAGACAGAUCUAAGGGAGAAAGGGCACGACGACCUCAUUUCUUGAAUCAAAGCAGUGGCUGUGUAUAAGUGACAAAACUGUGUAUAGUAUUUGAUCAGACAGUUACUGUUAAAGGGGUAGUGAAUGGAGUCUCGGAUCUCUGCAAAGCAUUUUAGAGCCGAAUUUCAUUGUGUCUAAAAUUCAAAUUUUUUUUGACUGGGUCUCUAUAUCUUGUAUAGUCUCCUCUUUGUUUUUUUGAAGCCAUAUUCCUAUCCCGUGUGUUGUUUGUUGUUGUUUUUGUUUUUCAUGGUUGCUGAAAUAACCAAGGAGUUAGGCCGACAGCCAGAAAUUAGAAAAAAUUGCAUUCUUGCUGUACUCUACACCGAGAUUAGAUAUCAGUCACCAUCCCUCUCUCUAGGUUUGUAAAUGGCUUGUAGUGAAAUAACAACUGCAUACAAUCGUUAGUCACUGAGUAAGAUCGAAGGAACAGAAACAAGCAGAAAAACUGGAGUCAAUAACUUUCGUUGGUAAAAAAAAGAGUACUUAAGGCUUCAUUGUUUCUUCGUUUGACAGUAACGGUUAGUUUUAAAAAAAAAGAUUUACAUGUAAAAUAAAUUGGUUCCAAGUGGGUUGCGAAUCUACGUAUACAUGAAAACGAGGUUUAGCAAACAAAGAUGGCGGAAUGUCCGCAUGGCACGUAUCGUCGUAUUGAAUGAUUCAGUCCUUCAGGGUUCUUUGAAUAAUCACUGUAGUAACACCCCUGAUACUUCAGAUGUAAAGCUUAAUAUAUAAAAGAAUUCGUUACUUGUUUUGUCAUCGGUGGAAAACCUGCAAAAGGUAAAACUAAAGGAAUUUAGUUACGUAACGUAACCUAUAACCAUGUCGGAUGUCCGCCCAGUACAAAUGUUAUUGCUAUUUUGCAGAGAUCGGAGGCAUUUAAGAACUGCAGUUUCCUGCUGUAAUAUCUGUUCACGAUUUGGAAAUCUAUCACUUUGACUAAAAUAACAGACACUAAUUUAUGUGCCUUAACGCAGGUUCAACUUGAUCGUUUAGAUGAACUGGUGUUGUCCGAGACGCUAAACGUUCUGUACUAUUAAGUCUUGAAAUGACAUGAAAGCUGUUGAAAGAAUGAAAAUUAAAGCGUUAAUCAUUUAAAAGCCUACUUAUUUCUUGAUUAAAUGGCCUCAAUUAAUUUCGCGACUAACAUUUUCAAAGUUGCGACCAAAUUUUCGUAACUAGUCGCAAAUUUGCGACCAGACAUUUUUUUAAAUUUCGAGCCCUGGUUCAAUAGCCGGGGCUAGUGGAUUAGUGAAUUCUGUUCUUAACUUGCCUGAUGGGCAAGUGAUCAUGUUUUCGAGCAAUUCGAAUAACAGAAGAACUAUGAAAUCAAUUGACCACUCCAGAAAUACCAUAACAUACCAUAAUGUUCUUUGUUUGUCCCUCCAGAAUUUUGCAUAAGCAUUGUUUUCAGUUUCUCUUGGGGCCAUUUUAACUCCCAAGAGAAACUGAAGACAAUGCUUAUGCAAAAUUUUGGGGCGACAAUCAAAAAGCAUUAUGGUAUGUUAUGGUAUUUUCUGGAGUGGCCAAUUCUGCUUGUCAAAAAGCACCUGGAGCUAGUUGAAAUGAUGUUUGGGCUAGUAAACGCUAGCUUCAACUUGCCCGAAUGGCAAAAAAUGAUUUUCUUGGUUCAUCUUACAGAGGUGUCCGCAUUAUAGAGUCAAAGAAAAGACUGAAGAAAGGCAGAAGUUCCAUCUUUAAUAUAUUAUGUUAAGGUGUCUGCUACUUACAGAGUUGACUGUAUUGUCUCCUAAGGGCUGAAAAAUGAUCUUGUUAACUGCUAAUACCCAAGUGCUAUAUAUGUCUAAUUGAUUUGUAAUACCAGCUUCAUCUCCUUUUUUCCUACAGGAAUCAUAUUUUCAUUGGACAUUUGGUGUAUUAGAGGGUGACUGUUUUGGAGCUGUAGAAGUAGACACUGCACGUUCAAUCUUGUUCUUUCCACGUCUUCCUCCAGAGUAUGCCAUCUGGAUGGGAAAGUAAGUUUUUGGUUUUCUUCAACUUAGCCACUUGUAUUGAUUAGGAAAAUCCCUUGUGGUUCUUCUGCCAAAAAAUUACCCCCACACUCCACACAUACGGAAAAUAGUCCCCGUGUGAAUCAUAACAAUCCUGCCAGCUAUCCAGGCUAAAUAAAAGAGGCAGGUAGAUGACAUUAAGUUUGCAAAGAAAGUCAGUUUUACAGCUUUCCAUUUGGGAAAGCUGUAGCUGGCAUGUGCUAGCCCAAAAGUCACUUCAGCUAGCCCCAAAAGCUUUUUGAUGAUGAGGAUUGAUUACGCAGUGCUUAUGUAAUUUGAAUUCCUCAAAAAACUUCACUUGCCCUUUGGGCUAGUUAAAACAGAAUUCACUAGCCCGAUAGCAAACUCCUCUAGUCCUAGGCUAUUGGGCACUACUUUCUUUGCACACUGAGUCCUACACACAAGGUCCAGUGAAACAGUUCUUCUAAAGGUGUAAGUCUUUAUAAGUUGCAAGGACAAAGGCCGGCACAGUCAAGCUGUUUUUCCAAAUGGACAUUACAUGAACAGUUUUAUUAAGGCCAAUCAUGAAAUUUGUUAUCUGCAGACUUCUUACCAUUUCGGUUGCAAGUUAAGUCUCAUGUUGAUUAGUGAUUUUUCAUCUCAGAAUCCAUGAGCUUGAGCAUUUUAAAAAGAAGUAUGGAGUGGAUGAAGUUUUCUUUACUGAUGAGGUAAUAAAUUUUAAUAGUCCUUCUGUUUACAUGUGCACAUCUGGGUAAAUAUUUUUAAAUUAAUUAGCAAAAACCAAGGUUAUAAUAAUUUUUAUUUUAUUGACUUCUACAAUCUGACCACUGGCUUGGUUUAUCAGAAUGUCUAAGUAACCAAAACGUUUAUAACUUUAUAGAGAUCACUGGUGUUGUUUUAAUUAUUUGGAACAGCGUAAUUAAAAAAAACUAUACCAGAAGUUUGCCGUCAUUUUCUAGACUUAAUAAAUAUCUUAAGAUAAUUUUUCUUUAACUUGAGCUCACUUUGCAGUUUUUAAAAUAACAACUUAUAAACUUACUAACUCUUUUCUUUCUUUUUUUUAGAUUGCUGAUGUACUGACAAAGAAAGCACCUUCUGUCCUUCUCACGCUGGUGUGUUCUUGUUUAGUUUUGGGGUCUGUGUUGUGAAAUUAAAAGUCUUUACAUGACCAGGCAACAAAAAAUAUUACCCACGCCUAUAUCUUUGCCAUUAAGUGCGGCCCCAGCCACUUAUCAUAUACUCAAAGAAUCCUUAAAAUAGAAUAAUGCUGCAGACGUAAUUUCCUUUUUGCUCACCGCAAUUUUUUUUUCUUUUAGCGAGGUCUCAAUACUGACUCUGGCCAAUACUGCAGGGAGGCAGCAUUUGAUGGAAUCAGCAAGUGAGCGUGAUUAUUCUCCUCAAGCCUUACCCCCACACGUAUAAUGUGAUCUAGUAGUGAUGGGGUUUAUCCUGUGUUAGGUUUAGUUUUUGUUGUGGUGGAUACACUGAUGUACUAGAUCACUUCAUUUAAAUAAGUCCUGGAUCUGUAUUUCAUAUUAAAGUGUAUUAAUUAUUAUGUUUCUAGAUUCAAAGUAGACAACAAGAGUUUGCAUCCUGAGAUUACAGAAUGGUGAGAUAUUUCAUUGCUGUGAUUUUGAUAUACAAUUGACUCUCACUUAGUAGACACCUUUAUAAGAUUGACAACUCUGUAAAAUGGACACCAAGAAUUGGUCCCUGCCUUUCUUUACUCCCUUUAUUUGACUCUCUAUAAGACAGACUUUACUUUUAGACAAACACUUUGUGCCAUUCCCAAAGGUGUCCCUCUUAAGCCUGCUUCUCAUAAUAUUAUGCUGCCAAUGCACCUGCGACAUGGCCGCUGGUACUGCCUGAAUAAUGUUCCGAUAUGAGAACAGAAGUGGUUGGCAACAUUGCUCAUCCCAGUCUUUACCCCCGGCAUGCAUGCCUGUGAAGUUGACUCGUGUUAAACUUUGCAAGCAUGCCAGCGGUAGAGCUCUGCGAUGGCUCUAGUUGCCAGCGGCGCAUGUUCUUAUUCAUGCGAAAAGUGACCCAGGCGGUACUGGCGGCUACGUCGCAGAUACAUCAGCGGCACAUGAGAACCAGACUUUAGUGAGAGUUGACUGUAUAAUUUAUUGUGAGUUUUUUGCAGCUGCAAAAUACUUAUAAAAAUCCAAGGUAACAUUUUAUGCUAGCAGGGAAGGGCUCACCAUAACUAAAGGCUGUCCAGGCACCUAGCCAUAGCCUGUGUACAGCCAGCCCCUCUCCUAAAAAAAUCGGGAAGAGGGAGAGUCUCUCCCUGAUUUAGUUUGGGUGAAGAGGGUGGCUGUAUACAGCCUGCCUAGCCAAAGUUUUGAAAGAUAGAGUGUGUAAUAAAAAAAAAAAAACAAAACUUGGUGUUUAACUAUGCAUUGGACUGAAAAAUGGGAUCAGAUCUGUGAAGGAACAUGGUGUGAAUUUUCCCAUGGUUUCUUCAAAGAUAUUUGACAGUGCAAGAUGACUUGUUUUUUCUUUUUGUGUGUGUGUGUGUUUUUUUUUGUUAUUUGCGUGCUCCUCACUGUUACUGGAAUAGAAAGUGAUAAUUUCCAUUUUUCUAAUAAAGGUUCUGGUGUUAGCCUCUAGGCUAGUAUGCUGAAACUUUUUUUAUAAGUCCUGUUCACUGCUACUAAAGUAUGAUUAUAGAACUUACUAUAUUGAAAAUAGAAUAGUUUAAAAACCGCAGAAACAAACGUUGUCCCCUGAUCAGGAAAUACAGAAAACCAUGGGGCCUUUUUGUUUUUUCUUUGGAAAAUAACAUAAAAAAUUCACAUUGCACACAUCUCUUUUGUAAUGCACUACUUGUUGUCUUUGUAGUCGUGUGUUCAAGACUCCUGAAGAGAUAGAGGUGAUUCGUUUUACAAACAGAGUAAGCAGUGAAGCUCACAAGGAGGUAAAAAUUUUAGACCUAGUUCUCAUAUGCUUUACUGUAAUUUGUUGCCCCACAGGGUUUGAUCCAGAGGUCAAAACCCAAGGGGGCAUUUUUGGAGUCCCCAUGUUUGUAUGCAGAGGAAAUGUUGAGGUGUUUAUGUGGGUAUCAGGAUGCAUAAUGAAGCCUACAUGAUGAAAGCUGGCAUAUGAAGGUGUUGAAAAAUGUCUGCGCAGUGAAAAAAAUACUAAAAAUUAUAUGUAAAAGUUAAAGGCAGUGUGUACCUGUUACUAGUCAGGGGCACCCAACGAGAAGAUAGGUCAAAACCACUUAAACAUAGCAGUGUUAAACGUAUUUUAGUAUUUAAACGGUAGAUAUAGGCAUAUUUUUAUCCCCUAGAAAUUUUUCAUCUGUUCGGAUUUCCUAGCUGAAAGUCUAGUGAUCCGAAAAUUAUAGGGAUCAAAACUUACCUGUACGAAAAUUUCAGCCAGAAAAAAGGCUUCCCAAAAUUCUAGGUGACCUUUUAAGGUUGAAAAUCCGUUUAAAAUAGGCAAUUAUACCAUUUUUUAGAUGUUCGAAAAUUCUAGGGGAGGCAGGCAAGCAACAAAUUUUACAACAAAUGUUCCGAAAAUUCUAGAUCGCAAAUUGUCUUCCGAACAGAUAUUUUUCGAAAAUUGUCGUCUGGUGCCCCUGACUAGUGAAAAUUACAUUCAGGUUAAAAUUAUUUAACCUUGGUUGAUUCUUAAUUUUCUUUGUUCUCUAACCAAAAGUCAUAAAUAAUUAGGGCUAGGAGACAAAGACAAUUAAGAAUCAAACUAGUUUAAAACACUUUAACCUGAAUUUAAUUCCGACCUGGGACAUACCCACCCCGGGACAAAGCCAUGAAAGCAAGGAUACAUACCAUUGACCCAUUUACAGCAAAUGGGCCUUUCCAGAAUUGAAUAAAUUGCGUCGUACUUUACUUUAAUAUUCUACCAAAACAAAAUACACACUUAGUGUUGUCCGGAAAGCCCUAAACAGAAAACAACUUCCCUCACUGAAGGGCUACCUAAAUUCACAAUACAUAAGAAAUAAAAAACAAUUAAAAGAAAAAAUCAUAAAUACCUGGACAAGUGGUAAUCAUGUACAAUAUUAAGUACUAGAAUAUAAUUAAACUAAUAAAACUAAUAUCGUAAUCAACAAAGCUAGCCUCGACAUAAGAAUAAAAUAUCAGUUUUACCUCAGUUUAUCUGUUCAUAAAUUAGCCUGCUUUGCAGACAUUUACAGGGGAAGGGAAAGGGAAAAUUUAGGCGACAUUCCUUUUCCUUCUCUCGCCUACACUUCAUGUAAGCGCGCGCCUUUGCAGAACUCCCAAUUCCGGCCCUUCCCUUCUAACUCUACCACAUAGGCUAUUACAACAGACAAAAAAUCACACCGUAUUUUGACAUUUAAAGUCAUGAAAUUACUUAUCUUUUGCGCAUUUUACUUAGGUGAUGAGGCGCAUUCGACCAGGAAUGACAGAGUUUGAAUUGGAGAGGUAAAUGUAUCGUUAGCAAAAAUUUGUCUCAGUACGAGUCAGUAUCACUACGGCUACAACUACAACUGUGGAAUUUGAAGUCAGUUGUGUUCUCAGAAUUCUAAGUCUUUCCUGUCGUCUAGUAGUUAAAGACUUCUGGAUAUGCAUAGUCUGACAAAAAAAAAGUCAGCCAAACACUUGGAAAUUCGCUUUCAUGCAUACUUGCAAAAUAAGGUUAAAUUGCCUUAGCUCGUCGAUAGUUACGUCGACCAAUGGUCCCAGAGUUCGUCUUUGUGAAUAUGCUGCUAUUGACAUUGUAAUCCAUCAUUUACCAGGAUGUUCGUCACUUGACCACUAAUUCAAUGGUAUAUGAUUAUCCUGUAGCUCAGUCGUAGAGCUCCUGGACAAGUUACCAGAAAAGGGCUGUCACUACGAUUUCCAAAUGCCGGGUAUGUGCAAUGAGUAGGCGGCAAAUUGAACAGCUACGAAGGCCUUUAUGUUGUAUUUUCCUUUUGUUUCCACUCAAAGUACCCAGGGGUCAUGCUCAUGGUAGCUAGGGGAAUGCCCCUGGCGGCCCUCAGUGACAGCCCUGGCCGCACUGUCAGAAUGCCAGAAGGUCUUAGGUUUGGCUCCUUUUGGAAGAACUGCCAUUUCUUGCGCUGCCCCUGUUACUGACUGACAAAACCUUCAUAGCCAACACAAACGUGGUUGUAACAUUCGUUGUCAUACAAAGCUUUUUAGCUAGUGCAGUUUGAUUUAGCGUUCCGUGUGACCAAAUCUGAAAGGUCUUAGGCUAUGACGCCGGUAACUCGUUCAUAAAAUCCGGCAGCCCUUCUAUCGCCUCGUUGCAUCUUUUUCCGCUGUCCUAAGCUUGUGUUCACGGGAAUUCACGUUGACUAGCAACAGGCUAUACCUAGUCAAUUGCGGGACUGAACACUGCAGGAAAACGCUUUUUGCCUUGCGUGUGCAUACAUAGCCAUGGUUUGUAACCCCAUUUUUACUCAACAGUUGAAUGUUUUUUUCAUUAUUGCAAUAGUUUUCUCAAGUUUAAGUCCCAAACUGAGUGUAAAUGUCUUUAUCCUUGUAACAUUUAAAUUACCUUUUCCCUUUUUCGUUUUUGUUGGGAAAUCGCACUUGACGUCUUAUGUACAAUAAUUUUGAUAAUUGUUUUAAAGCCGGAAUAUAUUUUAUUCUUGCACUUCAGCCUGUGUUAUGGCCAUAUGUCUUGUCAUGCAACUGCGCUUCCACCUAGGAAAGCUGGUGAGAGUUUCAUUCAACAUCAAUUUCUUUUUAUUUUCAGUUUGUUCCAUCAUUUCUGUUAUUCCCAAGGUGGUUGUCGACAUGUGGCAUAUACAUGCAUUGCUGGAAGGUAUGUUACACUCAGACAGUCUAGUGAGCAGGUUUUUCGUGGGCACUCAUCUGCGUUCCAGGCCAUACGAUUUAAAAAAACUUCGCACAUGCAUUUUGCUGGUACAUUUACAAACAUUUCAAAUUCUAAUAGGGGAAUACACUACACCAUAAGGCGAUAACAAUAUAGGUAAUCCGGAUUCCGCAGUGUGGGAAAUUUCUGCCUGUGGAAUUGGAAUCUUGGGAUUUUGAAUCCGCAAUUCAGUUCAAGGAUUCCAGAAUCCUUCUAACUAUUGGAAUCUGGAAUCCAAGUUCCACUGACAAGGAAUCCGGAAUCCACAGUGUGGAAUCCAGAAUUUAAGACUGUCGUGGAUUAUACGUUUCUGGGAAACUGCCCACCUACCCCUCCCCUAAGCCAACAUUAACACUUACUUUUCACUUAGGGCAAAAUGUUGGCUUAAGGAAGGGGUAGGUGGGCAGUUUCCCAGUAAAGGUAACGGGGUUGUUCUGGGAAAGUGCACAUGAAUAUUAAAAUUAUAGUGGACAGUCUUCCUUGCCAUCUUUCGUAUGCUUGAAGCUUGUUUGCUUUCAGAGGUCGUUUCUUCAUGAAUGAGAGUCCUGGUCUUGAGUGUGCCCAAAUGAGUAUACGAGUUGCAUUCGUAAUUACACUCGAACCUUCAUGUGCGACCACCUCUUGUAAGGGACCACUUCCCAUAAGCAACCGCCAAUCCAAAACACCAAAACCUUCCCAAUCAAAGUCUUCCAGUUGAAACCUCUAGUAAACGACCACCUCCUUAAGCGACCGCGGCCGCGACCACUUUUUGGGCCUGACGGUUAAUGAUUUUCCAUUGUUUGUAACCUCUUGUAAGCGACCACUUGACACAUUCUCUGAUCUCUAUUUUCGCUGUGUGCGCACUGUGACUUAGAAUAUACGAAGAACUUUAGUUACAACAUGGAGCUACACAUUUCCUACAUUAUCUUCCAUAAAGUAGAUGUGCCUGGACCUCUUCUCGGAAGAGACCCCAGUGUGGUUUCAUUCUUGUAAACGACCACUUCUCGUACGUGACCCUUCAGUCUUUGCAUUUUGGGUGGUCUUUGCAUUUUAGUUUGGUUUUAUCUUGGUCGUUCUUUCUUAACCCCUCUGAAAGGAGGUUGGAACUGUAUGCCAUUUAUUGUUUUGUUUAAUUUUAUUUGUUUAGUACAGUCGUUGAAACGUGUGUGCGUUCCAGAUCGAAUUGGAAUUUGAAAGUGUUGGUUUUAAGGAGGGGGAAAACCGGAGUACCCGGAGAAAAACCCCACUGAAAGAACCAACAACAAACUCAACCCACAUCAUUAAAAUGGGGACAUUGGUUAGUGCAUUCACCUUGCCACCCUUGCUCCCCAUUCUAAUUCAGUUUAACAAAUCGACUGUAAUUUUCCGUAGUCUAUACACUUGUAGAUUGAAUGACGUCAGAAUGUUCCAAACUCAAGUCAUGUCAAGGCGAGUGGUUUCACUGCAAUUUUUUUUGUUUUUUGUUCAUGUUGUGUUUUAGUGGCCACAACUGUGCUACUCUUCAUUAUGGCCAUGCUGGAGCUCCAAAUGACAAGAAGAUCAAUGAUGGCGACAUGUGGUGAGUAUUCCUGAAUUUCUUCAACAGCUGAGCAUGUGAUAACAUUAUACAGUCAGUGAUCCAUCUGUUUGUCAAUGGUAAAACGGGUUUCCUUCUGCUUUAGCUUGUUUGACAUGGGCGGAGAAUACUACUGCUACACAUCCGACAUCACUUGUUCAUUCCCAGCCAAUGGCAAGUUCACAGAGGAUCAACGCAACAUUUAUGAAGCCGUGUACAAGGCCAGUAGAGCUGUAAUGGCGGCUGUUAAGCCUGGUGAGUGCCGGCCGGCGUGCGUGGUAUGUAUUUAGUACAAUGUACAUACCACUUAAGAGGUCUCACUUUUAAUGGUCACACUAAAGGAUUUCCAUCUACAGAAUUGAGUUUAUACCGGCUUUGUUUUAAUAUCUUAUUUUAUGCAUAAAGUCGUAAAUUUUCAUGCGCAAAUGAGUUCUAGCCAAUCAGAAUCGCGAACGAUGUUUUUCAUACAUAAGAAAAAUGAUACGGCCAAUCAGAAUCGCAAACGAUGUUUUUUCAUCCAAUCAAAGCCACAGAAGGGUGGGAGUUUCGCCCCAAGACUCCCGUCUUUUAUUUAUAGGCGCUUGCAGCUUGAUGAGAUGGGCACCCUCGCUUUGCCAGUUGCUUCGCGAGAAAACGUGAAAGAACCAUAUAGUAGGGUUUUUCUUGGAGAAAAGUGAAAAACAUGUCGGAAAUAGGGCAAAAUAGGGAAAGCACUAUUACGGAAACAUUGAUAAAACGGAUAGCGGCAAUAAUCCCCGGCAGAAGUUUGACAGAAAUAAACCUUUGCUGUUGAGGAUUUUUUUUUUCUAAUUGAGGUCGUUAACUCGCGGUUAUCCGGAGAUGUCUGUAUUGACUACUGAAUUUAACGUCUUUAACACAGAAAGGUAUAAUUAUAAUAUUCUUCAAAGUUCUAUGGACUUAAAGUUUAUUCGUCCUCUCUUUAUAUCCCCGGAGGUGUCAAAUGGACCGAUAUGCACCGUUUAGCAGAGCGCGUCCAACUGACGUGUUUAAGGGACAUGGGACUCUUACAAGGGGACGUUGACGAGAUGAUGAAAUGUUACCUUGGGGCCGUUUUUAUGCCUCACGGUCUUGGCCAUUUCAUGGGAUGCGAUGUUCAUGAUGUUGGUGGAUAUCCCGAGGUACCUUAUUAAGUUUUGUCUUUUAACCUACGGUGAUUGGAGUGGGCGGUCUAUUAGAGUUAAAUACAGUUAUCUCCCGUUAUUGUAGACUGUUCACAGUCCCCUAUUUUUCCGUGUGAUCGUCGAGAUCGAGCGCGUCUUACCGUUAAUGGCGGCCAUCUUGAUUUUUAGAUGUACCGAGGGGGCGGGCGUCGAGGAUUAUAGCUCUACCGUCCCCCGCCCCCUUAAGUAGAUUUGAUACUCUUCCCCAGGUUAGACUCGGUACGACUGAAAAUCAAGAUGGCCGCCAUUAACGGUAAGACGCGCUCGAUCUCGACGAUCACACGGAAAAAUAGGGGACUGUGAACAGUCUACCGUUAUUAGGGACACCCGUGAGCCGUGAAUUGAUCUUCGUUCAGGGAUUCAGCUGAUUUCUUCAUUAACUGACUGUCCGUAAUCGUGAGAUGUAUGUAUAUGAGUGAGUGCUUCGUCCUUAAGUUCGACCUAAGCACACUUCGGUAGUUCCCUAGAGCUGAUGGGAAUAGACAUACAGCCCUAAGAGGGUAGGUGGCGGGAAAGGUCAUACCACAGGCUUUAAAUUGGUUUGCUUUUGCUGCUCGCCAGGGUACCAAGCGGAUAGAAGAACCAGGCCUCCGCUCGCUUAGGACUACCCGUGUCCUUCAAAAGAGCAUGGUACUCACCAUUGAACCAGGGAUUUAUUUUAUCGACGCUGUAAGUAUCAUCUUUACCUAGGCUUCAUGUUUGUGCGAUUAUUUGAUUAAUCUCAUUGCUAUUUUUUUAUUUUUCUUUCGUGUUUAGACCUUAAACCCAGCUUUAGAAAACCCCGAAACUGCGCGGUUCUUUAACCAAGAAAUGCUGCAACGAUUCCGGAAUUUUGGAGGGGUGAGUACUUAUAAAUGUUCCUUUCGUCCAAAAGUAAAUUACAGGGACGGCAAAAUACCUGAAUUUCUCUUGGUUUUUAUGUUAUAGAGUGGAUUUUAAUGAAUUCCUGAUGCUUUGGUUUUCCAUUGCUACGUUUGUAAUUGGUUGAAAAUCUCCGCCACUUUUACAAACAACCCAAAAAUUCACGAGUCGUUACCGUACGAGUUCUCCACACUUUGCGCCACUCUGUAUACUUACUCGAAUUCUGAUUGGUUCGUUUAAUGGUCAGAUCGUAUUAGUCUAUUAAAACAACGCUACGCAAUCAGUUUAAAGAACUGAUUAACUGCUUAAGUAGCAAAUGCUUAACAGGGACACACUUUUUUAGUGACUUCAGCCAAAAAGCGGGUAUCCUAGUUCUGGGCCCCCAACGAACUCAACGAAAUACGAAAAUGCGUUUCGAAGUUCCCUUCAUCCUGAUUGGC